AUGACUGGUUCUACUUCCUCUUCUGCGUAUACUCCUGACCCUACAUCCCCUCUAUUUCUUCUAUCGUCUGAUGUGCCUGGUGUGUCCCUAGUUCCUAUACCAUUUUCAGGGAGUGGAUUUGGAGGUUGGAAACGUAGUAUGAUAGUGUCAUUGUCUGCUAGGAACAAAAUAGCAUUUAUAGAUGGUUCGUUCCCUAAACCUGCUGCAACUUCCCCUGAUUAUAAACAAUGGCACCGUUGUAAUAAUAUGGUGAUAUCUUGGUUAACAAGUUCAUUAUCACCGGAUAGAGCUGAAAGUGUUCAAUACUCUGAGACAGCCAAAAGUAUAUGGAAACAAUUAAAUAAUAGGACCUCUAAUCUUUUCUACAAGUAUUGCAAGAAGCCUGGACACUUAAUUGAUAAGUGUUACAAGCUUCAUGGCUUUCCUACUAACUUCAAGUUUACCAAGGGUAGAAAGGCAGCUGCUAAUAUGGUGACAGAUUCUGAGUUCUCUGCUUUUGAGUGCACCUCUUCCAAUUAG